UUACUCUGAUAUAUCUCUGACGUAUCGCGACUACGGAAAUCUGCCGGAGAAAGGGUGUCCAGCGUGAUCCGAUGGAUCUUGUUUACAGUGAAAAGUUGGGGGAAGUUUAAGUGUCGCAGUGACUUAAUCGAGUGUCAUCUAGUGUCACUUAAGUUCCGUUUAUCGCGACACAACACGAAUGGCGGCGGACCGCGCUCCAGCGGCGCUUCUUCUUCUUACCUGGAGUUAGAUGAUCAUGGUUGACAUGCUGUAGCUAAUCGAUAAGCUGCACUGUAUAUGUCGGAGGUUUGACUGUUUUAAGGCUGCGGACAUGAAGACGUUCAGGUUUCCCUCUCGACACGGAUAUGCCGUUGAGAUAUCCCCCUUUCUGCCUUGCAGACUGGCGUGUGCUACGUCUCAGCACUAUGGCAUCGCAGGAUGUGGGACACUUCUGGUGCUGGAUCAGGAUGAAGGUGGUAUCAAGCUCAUUAGGAGUUUUGACUGGAACGAUGGGCUAUUUGACGUCACGUGGAGCGAGAAUAACGAGCAUGUGCUGGUGACAGGGGCCGGGGACGGAUCUGUGCAGGUGUGGGACACUGCGAACCCCCGCGGCCCCCUGCAAGUGCUAAAGGAGCAUGCACAGGAGGUGUACAGCGUGGACUGGAGCCAGGUACGGGGCGAAGCUCUGCUACUGUCCGGCUCGUGGGACCACACUGUUAAAGUGUGGGACUUGGAGCGGCCCCAGUCACUGUGCACCUUCAGGGGCCACGAGGGGGUCGUCUACAGCACAGUGUGGUCCCCCCAUCUCCCCAGCUGCUUUGCCUCUGCUUCAGGAGACGGGACGCUCCGAGUGUGGGAUGCGAAGGUGGGAGUGUCCAGGCUGGUGAUCCCCGCCCACAAUACUGAAAUCCUCAGCUGCGAUUGGUGCAAGUACGACCAGAAUGUGCUGGUGACGGGGGCGGUGGAUUGCGGCCUUCGCGUGUGGGACCUGCGCAGUGCCCGGCAACCCCUGGCUGAGCUCCUGGGCCACUCCUAUGCCAUCCGGAGGCUCAAAUUCUCCCCAUUUCACCGGAGUCUACUAGCUUCCUGCUCCUAUGACUUCACCGUGAGAAUCUGGGACUUCUCCCGGGCGCAGCCUCUGCUGGAGACUUUGGAACACCACACGGAGUUUGUGUGCGGCCUGGAUUUCAACCUCCACAUCCCCAACCAGGUGGCGGACUGUGCGUGGGAUGAGACUGUGAGGACGUACAUCCCAGCGAGCCUGGCCGACCUUCAGCCGUGCCCCGACUAGGGAGGCGGCCGCUGGGGGGGCACCACAGACUCGUCGCGGUUCCAGUCGCCGGCAGCACUUUGCCAAAGACUUACUGCAGCUCUCUUAAUGAUGCUAUUAAGUGGAGCCUUGGGAGUAGCUUUGUGGAGAUGAAUGAGGCCGAUGGCGUAAUGUACGCCAUGUCCUCCGCAUAUGUAACUCUACAGGUGCCGCAUGCGGUCUCGCCUGCUUUUUAUUCCUUGUUGAAAGGUGUUCGAUAAAUUUCCCCCGUUUAUUCUAAUGGCGUUUGAUGACAUCCAUGUCUGCUAUAUGAUUACUUUUAAAUGCCGUGUCCUUUCGGCUAAAUGGUUUACCAAGUCUGGUAGAACAUAAGGGAAGUAGACUAAUUACACAACUGUGUAAAAAAAACAAAACAAUAAAAUCCCCUUCUUUCCA